AAAUAACUCUCAAGGCAUUUGUCUUGGUUUUCUCGGUGUUGAGAUGCUCCUUGGCUUGUAGUGGUAUCACUAGCAUUGGCAGCAAGAAAGCACGGAGGAUAACUUCUUUCGAUGAUACGUGCUAUAGCGUAUGGUCCAUUCUGUUGCUGAAUCUUGUGCUAUAGGCUUGACGUUGGAAACGGAAAGCCACUGUCGCUAGUGUCCUCGUACCCAGCUUGAACAAGAGAGAAUACAGUGAAUCGGCUUCUUCUUGAAGCAUACGAGAAUCUACUAGAAUGAUCAGAGGUCUAUCUGCUGACCAAAAGACUAUAUUAUUUUCAUUAAAUAAGAUUGACGCACCACAAGGCAGAUUAUGCUGGGAUAGGAACAACGAACUCGUCGAUACCAAUACUGGUUCUGGUAAUGGGCAAAGUAUCAUACCCGAGGACAUCCCCCAGCGGCUCGCUCAUCGUGGAAGCUUUGCAUCCCGAUAUCUUCGUCUUUGAUAUACAAGGAGUUGCGAAGUUCGUCAUUAUAUUGGUGCUGAAAUAGGGAAAAAAAAGUUACCAAGAUGUUUCAUUGGAUCAAAGGAAUCGUCAAUUGUUGAGGAAAAUCGUUCAAUGACACACUUGGAUCUGUGUUUCGCAGUACACUUA